CUUUCUUCUUCUUCUCUCUCUCUCAACAAACAGCAACCAAGUAACAGCCACCACCCUCCACAUUCUCUCUCUUUUCUCUCUUCAUCAAUUUUUCUCUGUUUCUUCAUCGUUCAAUCACCGAGUGAAUAACCCCACAAAAAGAAGGUCAAUCUCAGUUCUUAGAUUUCAGGACUUUGUGGUUUUUCAAUUGCUCUUAUCAGAGGCAUUAUCCUGGUUUUCAGUUUUGAAUUAACAUGACUGAGAGAGCUGGAUAUAUUUUAGUUUUGAAUCAAGGGGACUGAGAGAGGUGGUCAGAGAUUCAAAGGACGAGGUUUCAAUUGUUUCGAAUUAGAGAUGAGGCGGAGCUGCUUAGGACCACCCAGCCUCCGCCUAGACCGCUUAGGCGGCCGCCUGAGAGCCCAACGCCCAAUCCAUUCGCCCAGCCCUUACUCGCCUCGAUUUGCUGCCGCCCAACGCCCAGGCGGCGCCUAGGCGGCCUGGGCGGCCGUUUUUUGGAACACUGCUUGUUUAUAUAUUUUGUAUUUCUUUGUUAAUUAUAGUCACUAACUUUAUUUAAUGGAGGUACCGUCUGGCUGAAAGACAUUAAACUCAAGCGUUGCUUGGGAGGCAACUCAAUUCAGAAGUAGCCGUGAAGGAGUCUACAAACACAGAUUUGGUUUCUCUUUCCCUAUUUCUUUUUAUUUUUCAAUUUUUUUUAAAAUUUUUUUUAUUUUUUAUUUUAGGAUUUUUUUUUUCUUCGUAAAUGCCUUCUAUCUAUGCUUAUUUGUUUCAUUGCAUGCUUUUAAUUGAUUAUAUUGAGGACAAUGCAAUAUUUAAGUGUGGGGGAAGGGAUUUAUAUUUUUGUCUUUUAUUUUGAGUCCUAUAUAUUGAAAAAUACAAAAAAAAAUUGAAAAAAAUGUCAAAAAAAAAAUUGCAUUUGUUUUUGGUUUUUGAGUCAUAGGAUGCUUUUCAACUGUCUAGGAUGAUUCUAUAUAUAUGAAAUUAUGGCUAAAAGUGGAUCACGAUAUUGAGAUGAUUUUAAAUGAUAUUAUUUGGUUAAUUGGGAUAUAUGAAAACCAUGUGCAUAUGUAGUGGAUAUGGAUUUCGUAACCUUGGUACAGAAUAUGAGCAUGUUAAGAUGAGUUUUGAUUCAUAAAAGCCCAUGUGAGAUAUUUGAGCCCAUGUCCCUUUUUCUUGGAGUGAUAAUUGAAAAAUAUAUUCUUAUUUUCUUGGCGAUGUUUUGAAGAUCUCAUUAUUCUUUCAUUUGAUUGAUUGCUUGCCAUAGAUUAAGUUUAAUGGAUUAGAGAAUGCUAGAAUUCACUCUUGUACUUGUUGAGAGUUUUAUCAAUACAUGUCCCUGAUUCUGGAAAGGAUAAAGGCACCCUAGGAACUAUCAUCAUUGCCAAAUAAGCAUGUGUCCCUAAUUGUGUACACGAGAUGUGCAUCCCCCUAGAUAAACCCUUUGAGCCUAAAUUAAAAGCCUUUUCUUUCAACACCCUUAAAAUCCUUAAUCCCAAAAUCUUAGUAUAGUUACAACCUUACCCUUUAUUCUAAAAACUUAGUGGAGCUAUCUUUUGAGACUUACCAUAUGAUUUUGGCAUCAAGGAUGAUCAUGAAGAAGAGGAGAAAGUUCAAGUGUGGGGGUAGACUUGUCUAUAAAAAAAAGGAAAAAAAGAAAAGAAGAAAAAAAAGAAGAUGUUUAUGGAUUUUAGUCCCCCAUACUUGGUGGAUUUGGAGUUUGUUUUGAAUUGAAGGCCCACUAUAAAAAAAAUUUGGUCUUUGUCCAGUUCACGAGAGUUCAAAGGAAGUUUAGAAUGAAGUUUUGGCCCAACAUGAAGACAUUAGACCCUUUUAUUUUGCCUCUAUGGGGUUAUGACGUUCUGUAUGCCUUGGUGGAUUUCUAGAAGUCUCUCUACAUCUACAUGAGCUCUAUUAGGUUUUUAGGAUACUUUGUUAAAUUCCUUACCUUUCAUUUCUUAAAAACCUUGAGCAUUGGCCCCAUUUCAACCUUUAUUAAGACCUUUUUGAUCCUUAAGAUGUGACAGCCUUUGAUAUGUGGAGAUGAGUUAUAAGAGUUGAACCUAUGGCUUGGUUCCAUUUGUGCAAGUAGUUAAUAUCUUUCAUGAGAUCUUUUGAAAAAAAAAAUAUAUUCACAAAGUGCCUUUCAUUUUUUAUAUAUGUGAGCUAUUUGAUUGCCUCAAAAUAUUUUCUCUUUUUUUUAUUUUUUUUUAUUUUAAUUAAAGAGGAUCAAAGGGUUUCACUCCUGCCCCCAUGGUGACUCGAACCAAUGACUUCGUACAUAGGUAGUGGGUGCUCUAAUCACUGAGCUAACACCACUCACAUAUAGUUGAGUGAUUAUAAGAUUUUAAGCAUUGCCUUGAUCUGAGAGAAGAAAGAGUGGAUAUACCUUGUGAGGUUAUGAAUCAUACUUGUCCGAAACAUGCUGAGCUCCGCCCCAUUACCAGUAUUACAACCAGGUCCUACUUAUCUAUAUGUGGAUUGUAUGUUUGAAUUAACCUUUGAAUGUCUAAAUAUUGAUUCUUGGUUGAGUGCUAAUCUUGAUGUUAUGAAAGUAAGAGAUUUCUGAGACAAAAUGUUGAAGGGCAAUAGAGUCAUUGUAUGUGUAGCGUCUUUGUAUUUUCUUUCUUUAAGUUUUGAUUGAGUCUAAGUUUGUGUCUUUGUUUUGAUUUUGCUAAGGGACUAGCAAAAUCUAAGUGUGGGGGAAUUUGAUAGGAACAUUUUAAUGUGAUGUUUUAAUAGUUAUUUUCUCAUAUUUUACUUAGUUAUUUCCUUAAAUAAAUCAAUUUUAAUAAAGUUUUUAUUUUUAGGUACCUCAGAGCAAAUGGAGAAGAAAUGAGCUUAAAGACACAUGAGAAGGAUGUGAGACGUUGGAGAUGACAAAGGUAAGGCACAAGGAUGCAGUAAUGAGCUGAAAUGAAGAAAUGAAGUUUUCCUGGUCCGACUAGGAAACCCAGUCAAAGUAGGAAUCCUAAUGACACAAGGAAUCCCAGUUGAACAAGGAUAUCAAAAGAAGAUUCUGGAAAGUUCAAGAACAUUUCAUAUGAAGAGUCUAGGAGUCCUGAAGACAUGAGGAGUCCUGAUGUGGCUAGGAAACCUGAGAGCAUUAGGAGACCAUGUGGCUUUAAGAAUUAAAGCUCAAGAAUAUUCUAGAAAACUUGGGAUAUUGCGGCAAAUAAAGAGACCUAAGUAUACUAGGGUUUCUUGGAAGCAAAAGGGAGGAAUUCUAAGUGAAAUAAGUGUUUUUGCCGUGAGAUAUUCAAGGUAUUUUGGAAAGUGACGUUUUUGAAGUUAUCAUAGAGAGUUUUAAGGGAUUUACAAUAUUCAGGAAGGUUGAAAAUAGGUCCAGAUACAUUCCUUGAGCUCUACACUCCAUCCUUGGCCAAAAUUGAGGAGAUAAAUCAGAAAAUAAUCAUGUAAUUAAUUCAAAAAUAUUCUCCCUAGAAUCAAGGUGAUAAUUUGAAGACUUCUUAUUGGUUGGAUGACAUGGGAAGGAUGAUGUGGAAUUAUCUGAUUGGCUAAUGCUGUGUGGAUCAAUCUUGAAGACUUGGAGACUAAGUUGCCUUCCUCGUGAGCGUAUUCGGUGCACCGUUGGUGUCUCAUACACCGGCAGUAAUGGUUGACGUGGCCUUAACAGAUUUGGAAGUUAGAACUGGGUCAGCGGUUAGUCUUGUUCAACUGGAGUUCAGUUAAAAUGAAAUUUACCUAAUCACAUGUUAUGCGCGUGUGUUGUAUGAUAACUAACCUAAGGCAGUGAAAUAACAAUGCGAAGCUGCAAAGGGCACAGCGCCGCGUUGAUUGAAGACCGCCGGAUCUCUUUACACAUUAUGAUUGAGUGUGAAUUAUCUGGGAAAUGCAGAAGAUAUUUGUUGCGGUAUCAAUUUAUAAUUUGUGUUCAGCAACGACCGCGUAAUGAAGGGCUUGAGGAGAAGGGUGAUUCCUAAUAUUGUGUUGCAGAAGGUGGUGAACCACUAUCUUCGGUAGUGUUGAAAACAGGCUGCAAUCCUAAGGAUUUCAAACAAACCUGUGCUCAGUUAUCAACAGGAAAGACGAAAGCAGUGGAUGGAAUUGGAUUUGGGACAUUAACGAAGAUAGGGUGCACAAAAUUCAACUGGGAGAUAUGCCAAAUGUUGGUUGACAACUUUGAGGUGGAAAAGGAAGGCUAUUGUAUCAAAAUUCAGGGGACAUCUGUGUCAAAUCGAGAUAGUGACUUUGAGCGCGUGAUGGGAGUGAGGAACGGUGGAUCAGCUGUAGAACUAGAUGGAUAGUCGGAGGUCAUUAAGAUAAAUGAGCUAACAAGGAAGAUAUUUGGUGAGAACAGAGAGAUUAGUAUUGUUACUUUGAAGAAGAACUUACUAGAGAGGGAGGAAAUUGAUGAUAUCUUCAAAAUAAGCUUUGUCCUAUAUGCUCUUGCCAUCCUGAUAUGCUUGACGAGCCCUGGCUGUGUUGAGAGGAAGUUUCUUUUUCCAGUUUGUGACGCUGCAGCAAUCGGUACAAAGAGUUGGGCAAGUGUAUGUUUUCGACACCUAGUGGAUGGUGUGUUGUCAUAUCAGAAAGAUAGGUCGGGUUACAUGAGUGGUUGCAUGCUGUUCCUACAAUUAUUUUAUUUUGAUUGUGUUGGUUAUAGUGCGUCCAUGGUGUCGAAAUCAGUUCACCCUGUUGUUGCAUGGACCAAGAAGACGUGUCGGAGCAUGAUUGAGUGGAUAAGUUCACAAGGGGGAAGCCACGACGGUUGUGUUUAUAUAUCCAACAGUGUUGGUACGAAAAUAUGGGAGAAUCUGGAAUCAGACUAUGGUUGCCAACUCGCGCGUGAAAGUGUGCCUGAAGACGUGUUGAAGGCCUUGUUUCAAAUAUACGGGGUGCAAAAUGAAGUUUGGUUGGUGUCUUCAAAGAUGGGAUGUAUGGAGGCCAACAUUGAGAGGGUGAGGAAGAUAAUAUUUGAAAUUGGAAAAAUAUUGCGUGAAAUGAAUGUUGGUGUUAGAGGACAGCUUCAGUCGUACACAAUGAAAAUAGGAAAUGGAAAUGAGUUUGGAAGUGUCGAUGAUGGGAGUGUAAUUGGUAUUGAUACCGAACCGUGGCAGAAACGUCCACUGUCCUCAUAUUUUGAUGGAGUAUUAUGGCACCAAGGAGCGUACGAUGAAGCAGCAGAAGAGGGUGAUAGGUAUGUGGAGGACACAGGUGCGGAUGUUGGACUGAAACCAGGUCCUGUCUCCAUAGAUGAUGGUAAUGUUGGAAAGGAGGAAGAUAGGUUCUCAUUGAAGGGAAAUCUUUCACGCACUGAGUGGACAUUGUUGAAGUUUCUAUUUGAGAAGCCUGCGAGAGGACAAGAUAAGUGUAGGGAUGAAGUUGCUCGGUUUGGAGAAUGGAUAAUGUCCACAGCUGAAUUUGAUUGUUUGUGUCUGGGGAAUAAAAUUUCCAGCAAGGUGAUAAACAUAUCGGCAGCAUACUUGUUUGAAAAGGAGUCCGACUCAUGGUUCCUCCCAACCAAUUUUGGGGAUCAAGCUUGUUAUAAAAACCAGUCAUCGAAAGUGGAGACAUCGUUGGCAUCAAUCAUAUCGGAAUGUGGCCUGCAUAGGUUUAAUCGGCGGUUGAAGUGGUGUUCUAAGAUAUUCAUCCCCAUCCAUGAUAAAAUGUCAGAACAUUGGUUUUUGGUUGUUACGAGAGUUUCUGAAAAAGUGGUGGAGAUUUGGGAUAGCAAUACUGAUAUUGUUUCCUUUCCUAGAAGGCAUCAGAUGGCACGAGAUGUGAUAUUGCUCAUGCAAAAAGUUUUUGCAAGCGAUAUGAAAAAACCCAGUGAUGUUUAUUACCAAUUUUCGUCAUUUGAAACUAAGCAACCAGAUUGUAACCCAAGCAACAACAUUGAUUGGAAAAGUGGCGUCUACCUGAUAAGGCACAUGCAGUUGUACGGUCAACCAUGGUUUGAAGGGUUUCAGUCCAAUAAGUAUAGGAGUGCGCUAGCCUUAGGGAUUAUGAACAAUCCAAAGAAUGAAGCACUGAAGGUGGUGACUGAGUCGGCUGAUGUAUCACACAGUCGUUCCAAAAACACGUUAAAUGGCAGAGAUAAUUGUACUGGACCAUCGGGAGAUAACAUGGAAGCUGAAACGGAUUCCGAACUACCCAACUCUGACAAUAAUGUGAAUAUCCCAAGUGGAAGGAAGUUCCGCUCUCACCGGAAGCGAAAGGACCUAGGAGCAUCAUUGACACCACUUUUCCCAUAUUUCUAAACACCAAAAAUUUUCUCCAUUCUCUAGUCUUCUAGCUCUGCAUUUUCAAGCAAGGGGGAGAAGAAGUCAUGUAAUACAUCAAGAUCCUAGCCGCCAUCCACCCUUCUGUCAUCCUUAGAAGAUUGCUUGUUUUCAAGGAUCUUCAAGUGCUUCGUCUCAAGGCUUUGUCAUUCAUCAUUCACGGUGUAUUUCAUACUUUCUUUUGUUUUCAUUUGUUUGAUUCGUAGAGUUAUGAAUUCUAGUUAACAAUAGGAGGAUGGUAACUUGAUCUUCAAGUCUUCAAAAUUCUUCUUUUUAUUUUCUAGGAUUUAUUUGAUUAAU